UAGUGCGUCGAAAGCAAGUUAUUUUAGUGAUUUCAAGUGUUCUACAAUUAAUAUUCACUUAUAUAUAUAUCAAGUAACAAUAAUCCAUUUUCAACAGUUGUUUUAACAGCGAAAAUAAUCAAUUAAAGUUGUCGAGUUGAGAAUGAAGUGGCAAGAAUUCGAAAUACAAUCAACUUAUCAAUUGAUUGAAUGCUCAACCAAUCUUAUGAUUGUAAUUGUAUAUUAGCUGUCGAUGACCUUGUCGCUAAUUUUAUAUAUUCGUGAUUUGCUUUAGGGUCAUCUGUUAUUUCUUGUUUCUUCGUACAUAUUACGUCGUCCAUGUUUACCAUGUCCAUUGCCUGUUUACAUGUCUUAGUAAUUCUGUGAUGAAACCCGGUAGUUGUUUGUGAAUAAAUUGCAAAUUUAUUCAACGUAUUAUAUCACAAUCUCAAAUAUACAUUCAACAUAAGUGCAUGAUUAUAUUUUAUGCAACUACGUCAGAAUAUAAUAUUUAAACAAAAUGUUCAUCAUCUUGCAAUUGUCGAUUUAUUUCAGGUAAAAAAAUACGUGAGGCUGGAUAGAACGAGAAAUGUUAGCUAAGUGGCCGUGAGGCGAAAUGUCCCGAAGCCUGCCAGAUAGAGUGGCAGGGCUAUAUUAUGCCCAUGGCCUUUUCUGUUCAUCUCAUCCAAUUGCAGUUCUUUCUCUAGCAAUUACUGUCAUUUUACUAUGUUGUUAUCCUUUGGUAAAUUUGCCAAUGCCUGGCAAUGUACCAAAAUUUGUAAUAAAUCAGACUGUUGUGCCUUCAAAUGGUUCGGAAAGUCCAGCACUAUAUAUACAACAGGUAACCCUGAGAGUUGGAGUAGUUCCUUGGGCAGAGGAUUUAACACUCGCUGAUGCAUUCAGGGGACCGUUAUACGAAGUGUUUAAUUUAUUAGAAAUUAUUCAGAAUUAUCAAGACCCUGAAACGUCACAAUCACUUGGUCAAGUAUGUCUUCAUGUGGAAGCUAUAAAAAAAGAAAAUUCAAAAAAAUCAGAAAUUUUGCCUGAAUAUAAUUGUUUAGUUCUAUCUCCUGCUAAUGUAUGGCAACAAAGUAUUGAAAUGUUUAAUCGUGACAAUGAUCUCAUAGGAAAAAUCUUCUCUUAUCAGAAUCUUCAAAAAGGUAAAAUAAGUCUUGCCGAAAUCGUUUUUGGAAUGAAUUUAAAAGAAACAGGAGUUAGAAGAUAUCCUGUUCGUGUUCGGCAAAGGAUUUUACAAUAUGCAGUGACUGUAUUUCUGAAAGAAUAUAAUCCUAGGUUCAUUAAUGGACUUAAAAAUCGUCUGACAACAUUUUAUUCUCUCCAUCAACCGCAAGACACAAAUACCACAAGUACAAUUCCGACAGACGAAACAUUACAUAUAUUUUAUCCUGGUGAAUUCAACUACAAUGACUUUUUCCCUCUUAUGAUGACGUUCGUUGCUUUAUUUUUUUACAUGUAUUUUUCAGUCAGAAAAAUAGAACUGAUUAAGUCUAAGAUCGGAGUAGCAUUUAGUGCUACAUUCGCUGUGAUAUCAUCACUUUCAAUGACCGUUGGAAUAUGUUUUUUUUUUGGAUUAACAUUAAGUCUAAGUGGCAAAGAUGUUUUUCCGUAUCUAGUAGUAAUUGUUGGAUUAGAAAAUGUACUGAUAUUGACAAAAAGUGUCGUAAGUACACCAGCACACUUGGAUGUAAAAAUCCGUGUUGCUCAGGGAUUAUCUAAAGAAGGGUGGUCUAUAACGAAAAAUUUACUUACUGAAGUCACCAUCCUUACAAUAGGAUUAUUUACGUUUGUACCUGCAAUUCAAGAAUUUUGUAUCUUUGCUAUUGUUGGUCUUUUGAAUGAUUUUUUUCUGCAAAUGGUAUUUUUUUCAACAAUUCUAGCAGUAGACAUUCGAAGAACUGAAUUUUCUAGCGAUAGUUCCAAGUUUCAUUUUACAAACGUGCCGUCAAUGCGAAAGCAACACUUUUCUCCUACAAUUCCUAGUAAAAAACCAAAUAUAUUUCGAUCGAAAUCACAUCCCAGAUUGAAUGGUAUGACAAUGGGACCAACAAAUGUCAUAGCACCAACGUCACAAAAUACCUAUACAUUGGUAAAAAUUCCAAAACGACUCAGAUUAGUUCACUUCUGGGCGAGAACACGAAUUUUCCAACGUGCUUUUAUGGUAUGGAUGGUCGUAUGGAUUAGCAUGAUCAUUUAUAAUUCUGGCAUUAUUGAACAUUUAAUCCACUUGAGUGAUACAUUGAAAACGGAUUCUGAAAUGUACGGAUAUACAGUUGACAGGCCGAGGACAUUGAAGAGUUAUGUUGAUUUGAAGACAACAAAAUUUAUAUCACCACAAGUGACAUCCACAUCAACAAAUAUGCCAAAUGUGCUAAAGGAACAGGUUCAUACCAUAAAUAAUGUAGCGGAAGAAUUGAAUAAAUUGAAACCUGUCGAUUUUCCACCAUGGAAUCGUCUAUCUUUGUAUCAUUGGUCAUCAAUACUCGCCAUGUAUAAUAUUUCUAUUGCUGGACAACAUAUAACGAUCCUUCCGACAAUAAAAAUUGCACAUGCGGUUAGUCCUCAGGUAGCUCGGCAACUUAGUAAUCCCAAUGAUGUGCAACAAUUCCAAUGGCAGAGUUUGGCUACCGCUGCUCUUGAUCCAUUAGAUUUUUCAGACAUAGAAGUGCCAACAAGGUCAGAGAGCCGUGGAUUUAAUACAGACGCUCCAUUCGUGCCAUCUAGUCCCAUGGAAAUAUUCUUAGCAGCCGUGCUCUGUUUAAUCAGCGUCAUCGUCGUUGCUUACACAAUGGUCGUGUUAUACCGGUGCAUUUGUACCAGGAAUUAUGCAGAGUGGCGAGCAAGCUGGCAUCAACAAGAGAAGACACAGGACUCAUCAACGCAGUUAGUUCUAGAAGCUUUGCCUCUAGUUUUAGAAGGCCACUCACAAGAAAUUGAAUGCCUUGCAACAGAUGGAAACACGAUAGCCAGUACUUGCUUAGCAGGACAUAUUAAAAUUUGGGAUUCAACUACCGGAGAUAUGUUAGCUCACAUAGAUAGAAAAAAAUUCUUCAGCAGCCCCAAGAGAGAUUUAAUUAAUACGACUCCGGACCCUGAUGAGUUAAUGUCUGAUUAUGAAAGUGGAUCUCCACCAUCUAGAGGUGAAAUUGAUGCUACCAACUCAUUUGGUUUAUUUUCUACAUCACCAGCAAAUCAACAGAAAUCAUCACCAGGAUCUAACAAUUAUCAACGAAUGGAGCAAUCAAAAAAACGGUUUUCUAUCAAUUCAUUAGACUAUGAUUAUCAAAUCAAUGAAUAUUCAAAUGAAAGAAGAAAAUUAUCGAUAAAAAAUUCCAACUAUACCUUUGAUUUUCCUGAUUUACGUCCAUUGAUCAACACCAAGUUUUCUGCAUCUACUUAUGUUCCUAAACAAAUGAGUUUCGAAAAUGGUUUUGAUUUUGGAAACGAUUAUAAGAAACUUUUUGAUCAGUAUGCUAAAAAUUCCGAUGAUAUUCACAAGUGUGAAAGCAGUGAAUAUUUGAAUAGAAGCUCAGGAAGAUUAAAUAAUCAUGAUCUCACAGAUAGUGCCAACUCUUUGAAUACUAACAGAACUUUACAAUCCAAUAUUGCACCAAUAUGGUGUGUAGAUUAUCAAGAGAAUAUUUUAGUUGUUGGAUGUGCUAAUGGCGUUCUCGAAUUUUGGGAAGGUACUACAGGUAGCUUUAAAUGCUUUUUUGAUGAUGGCUCGGGCUUGGGUAUAUCUGCAGUGAAAUUAGUUUAUAAUAGAGUUAUAGCAGCCAAGUUAAAUGGUUCUGUAGACUUUUUAGAAUUAGAACGACAUAGUGAAGGUCAUCAAAUUGGAUGGGGUUUUACAUCGGGUCGAAGGACCCAUGUAAGAACUGGUAGUGCUGGUUCUCCAAUGGAUAUAAAUAAUUUACCACCAGCAAAAGAAGACUUACGUUGCAUUAAAAAAGGCUCUCACCGAGCACACCAACAAGCAAUUACUGUUCUCGACAGCGAAGGUGGUCGAGUAUUAACUGGAAGUCAAGAUCAUACUCUUAAGGUCUUUAGAUUAGAAGAUCAACUUCCACUUUAUACUUUACAUGGUCAUUGUGGACCAAUAUCAUGCCUAUUUAUCGAUAGAAUAAGUCCGAUGACAUCUGGCAGUGGUUCUCAAGAUGGUCUACUGUGCGUUUGGGAUUUAUUAAAUGGUACAUGUGUAUACAGUAUACAAGCACAUGAUGGAGCAAUAGCUGCAAUUACGUGUUCUGCAUCAUACGUUAUCAGCAUUGGCACGGAUGAAAGACUUUGUGUUUGGGAACGUUUUCAGGGACAUCUUUUACACACUUUACCUGCACAUCGAGCUGCUUACAGUUUACAAUUAGUCAUGCUAACACAUCAACUACUCAUUACAAGCAAUCAGGGUUCUUUAGUUGUUUGGGAUGUGAGAACUGGUGAACCUAUGAGGGAAGUGCGAUUAGGACAUAAAGACAGUUGUGUCUAUGUGAAACAGAUGCUUGCAUUAAGGGAUAGCAUUGUCUGUGACUUUGGUCGACAAUUGUGUAUUGUUAGAUUUCCACUAGUUUCUGAUAAAUUAGACUGAACUCAUUAUUUAUCUAUUAUUAUGUAUAUAGUGAAUAUCAAUCAAAUUUUUUUAUUCUACGUGACUAUAUAUCUUAACAAAAAAAAUAGUUACUUGACGAGAAAUCUUUCAUCGUAAACUCAUGUUAAAAUGAAUGCCACAUUUUUUGACUUGUUAUUUUUCAUCAUAAAUCAGACAUCAUUAUAAGCACUGAAGUUUUUCACAACAUUAUCAUUUUUUCGCGUACAGUUAAUGAGUUAUGGCGAGAUGAUUAAUUUAUACUCGUCGAAUGGCUGUGCUACAAUCUUUCAACACGUAGAAAGUUAUUUGAAGAAACAAAAGUUGAAAAUAAUAUUUGUAUAUAGUGAUGAAUUUACUUGACACAAUGAGGCUGGUUAUAACGUUUAUAAAAAUCUUUUAAGUAAAUUAACAAAAUCAAUUUAAUAACUAAUGACUAAUAGUUAAUCUAUCAUUAUAUUUUUAAAUAGUCUAUUUGAUAAAUUACAAUAUUCAGAAUACUAUAUAUUAUUUCAAAAUUAUUUUCGUUGUAUAGGUUUAAAGAAAAAAAAAUUAUCGUUCACCUAUUGAAAUAUAUACAUUUAUAGAAACGGUGCAAUUGGACUAACAAACAUUAAAAUUGUCCUGCAAUGUUUUGAGUGCCUUCAUUACGUCCAUCAUAAUUGUCCUUAGCUUUAUCAAUGAAUCAUAUUCGAUGAAUGAGGAUGUAUAAAAAGUAGAAGAACUAUGUAAUAUAAUUGUGAACUAUUAAACUAUUUUAUUCGUUAUCCUCACAUCAGAUAAAUUGAAUAUAUCUCGAUGGUGUAUCAAUUAAUAGCAUUAUCAAUUAAUCAAAAUUUAUUAACCAUUAAUCAUGUUAAAAAUGAUAUUAUAAUAUCUGUUAUAUAAAAGUCCUUUCAUAGAUUUUUCUACGACAAGAAAA